UUUUUUGGGGAGAGGGGGAGACAGGGGGGAGAGAGGGGGGAGAGAGAGGGGGCAGAGAGAGGGGGCAGAGAGGGAGAGGGGGAGGGAGAGGGAGAGGGAGAGGGAGAGGGAGAGGGAAAGAGGAGAGGGACCUAACUAGUUUCAUCCAUCCAUCCUUUCUUACCAACAGAUAACACAUCACCAACUAAUAUUAGCAAGACAUUUGGUACAAGAAAAAGAGCUUAAUGUACUAGCUCAAUGUGCUAAAGAUUUUAUAUAUAGUAACUCAUUUCAUUCUGGUAACUGUGAAAUGUACUUUUCAUAGAAAAUAAUCUUAGAUACAUUCUCAACUUCAUCAGCUCUCUACUCCUUUAAAAAUAAUAAAAAGAGAAAUCAUCCUAUUGAGGGCAAUCUUGUAUUUAAGUACUGGAUCCUGACCCCUCAAGAUUGGGGAGCUGUGCCCUGAAUGGUGGUAGAUACCUUUAAUCCCAGCACUGACGCAGAGGCAGGCAGUUCUCUGUGAGUUUGGGGCCAUCCUAGCUAUGGACUUGUAGCAAAGCCUUGUCUCAAUAUAAACACGCAAACAAACAAACAAACAAGAUUGUAAAUGCAUCCAAUAUUUUCUUUGUCUUUAAGAAUUUUUAAAAUGUGUAUCUGUGGUUUGCCUGCAUGUAUGCUUGUGCACCGCACGCAUGCAGUGCCUUCAGAGGCCAGAGGAGGACAUCAGAUCCCCUACAACUGCAGUUAGAGAUGGUUGUUAGCCAUCCUUAUGGACUGAAGACAGGUCCUCUGGAAGAACAGCGUGAUCUUAAUGGCCUGGCCAAGACCUUUUCUUUGUUUUAAAAGAACAUACUUUUUUCUUAUUUUAAAUUUUUAUUUGAUUUAUUAUUUUCUGUGUGGGGAAGGUUGGAAGAUAAACUUCAGGAAUCAGUUCUCUCCUUUGUGGGUUUCAGGGUAUCUUGUAUCUUGCCUGCUUUUUUUUUUUUUUUUUUUUUUUUAAGACAGGGAGAUAGGGUCUAUGUAGUCUUGACUGGUCUAGAACUCUCUACAUGAACUAGACUGGCUUUGGAACUCACAGAGAUUCACCUGUCAUUGUCUCUUCAGCAUAUCUUAUAAGUGUUAAGUCACCAUCACCUCCACUCCUGUGUUUUAAACACUUUCUAUUCUCUACAUUUUAUUAUUAGACAUGCUCUUGUCUCUUUAUAUCUUGAUGAUGGUGAUGGUGGCAAUGGUAUUAGGAAUGCAGUUCAGUAGUCGCUUGCCAGGCAUGCACAAAGCCCUGGGCUCAAAUAAAAUACGACUAUUAAUGGCAAUAAUAAAGUCAUUCGAGCUUACUAGGCAUUGGUCACCUUAAGUCUUCUUUUCAUAAUUAUAAUUAUUUUUAAAAUUUGCUGCUAUGUGCCUACUUCCAUUUUUUCCCCACAAUCCACAACUUCUGUUUUCAGAAUAACAAGUUUCAUAGUGUUUCCUACGUUUGACACCACAACCAUAUUCUCUGUUCAUUGUGUAGCCCUGGCUGGUCUGGAACUCACUUUGUAAACCAGGCCAUCCUCAAACUCACAGAGAUCCUCCUGAAUGAGGAACUAAAAUGUACACUACCCAUGCCGGCAAUAUUCUUUCUUUUCAAAUCUCUUUUGACGUUUCUUCUUGCUUCACUGACAUCCGUAAGUGCUAAGAAACUCGAAGCCUCAGAAAACGAGGACGGGAAGAUUAAAGCCGAGCAUUCGACUGGAGAAGGACGCAGAGGUGGGUGUAGACCGCUACUUUCUGAGGCGUGGGUGGACACGGGCCUGGUGUCCCAUAUUGCCUUCAACUCUCUCCCCAUCCCUUGCAGGUCUAUAGAUACUCAAGACAAAGCUGGCGUUCCCGGGCUUGGUGGAGGCUGGUUUGUGAUCGCCGAUGAAGACCGCUUCUUCCGAUGGCGCCCACGCGGACCAAAAAAACCACUCUGGUCCUCGUCGGAACCAGGGAGCCCGGCAGAGGUUGCAGCUCGGCGCCCGGCAGAGGGCGUGCAUGCGUGUCGGUACUUCCGGCACUGCGGGGAGGGACCGCGAGGACCAGCUAGAGGCAUACGAGUGCUUUCCUGGAGCGUCUGGGUUCCACGGGCGGCGAUCCCCGCGAGGCUCGUGGGAUCCCCUCGCUGAGUCCUAAAUAGUCUGUCCCCGACCCUCCACCCCACCCCCACCCUGCACCGCUGGGGAGUUUCGGGUUAGGUAGACUUCCCUGCAGCUCCCGUGCUGUGAAGCCCCAGGAGCCCAAACUUUAAAAUACAGAGAAAACGAUGAAGAAGUUAAAGCUUAAGGAACUAGAGAGUCGCCUGCAAGAAGUGGAUGGAUUCGAAAAGCCCAAGUUACUUCUAGAACAGUAUCCCACCAGGCCGCACAUUGCAGCAUGCAUGCUUUAUACAAUCCAUAACACAUACGAUGACAUUGAAAACAAAGCGGUUGCAGAUCUAGGAUGUGGCUGUGGAGUACUUAGCAUCGGAGCGGCAAUGCUAGGAGCAGGGUUGUGUGUUGGAUUUGACAUAGAUGAAGAUGCACUGGAAAUAUUUAAUAAGAAUGUGGAAGAGUUUGAGCUAACAAAUGUUGAUAUGAUUCAGUGUGAUGUGUACUCAUUAUCUAACAGAAUGUCCAAGUUAUUUGAUACAGUAAUUAUGAAUCCUCCCUUUGGGACCAAAAAUAAUAAAGGGACAGAUAUGGCUUUUCUGAAGACUGCUUUGGGAAUGGCAAGAACAGCAGUAUAUUCUUUACACAAGUCCUCAACUAGGGAACAUAUUCAAAAGAAAGCUGCUGAAUGGAAAGUCAAGAUAGAAAUUAUUGCAGAGCUUCGAUAUGAUCUACCAGCAUUAUACAACUUUCAUAAAAAGAAAUCUGUAAGUUUUCCAAUUGUAGUCUGUGUACAUCCAGUAUUCAAAAGCUUUUGUAAUGGUCAUUUCCACUCUUACCAAGGUAAAUGGGUAAAUAUAAAGUCAGCCUGAGAGAUUAGACAAAUUAGCUGUGGGAAGAAGGGCUUAUACUCGCAAGAGUCAAUAUUUUAGUUGAAGUUCUUUGUGAAACGUUUUAAGAGAAAUAAAAAGAAGAAAGAACUAUUGGCUAUUUUUAUACAGUAUAUAUUUUACAAGUCUGUACUAAUACAUUCUCAUAUUACAAAGGCAAUUAAGAGGAAGAAUCUUCCUUCUCAUAUUUUAAUCAUCCAAACACAAACAGAACUAUACAUUUUAAAAAACUUUCAUUUGGAUAACAACAAAAAGAAGACAAGUAAAACAAAAAUUUUUUCCUUUUAUACAGGUGGACAUCGAAGUGGACCUAAUUCGCUUUUCUUUUUAAAAGCUUCUGAAGACAAAAAGCAGCUUAAAAUCUAACUAAGGAAUAAAAACACUGCUUACUAAAUAAACUACUUGUCUCUA